AAGCAACCUUGGCGAUGAGGUCAAGCAUCCAUAAGACAUUGCCCCUAUCACUUGGCUUGCAACUGAUCAGCCUCCUUGACCAAGUUGACAUCAACUUCUUUGCUCGCGAAUCGAUGAAUGACCGUCUUCAGGUGGAUGACAGGAAGAAUCCUUUCAUGCAAUCUAGGGGCAAUCUUACCUCUCCGUAAUACCAGUGCUCCGGGGUGCUGCACCUAAGAUGUCCGGGUCUGGAUCCUACUCCCGGGCAGGGAGUGAGUCUGCAGGAAGUCUGUGUUCGGCGGACCCCGAAAUCAGCCCCAGAACAAGGCCAACUAGUCCGUGGCGAAUGGCCUAGACAGGUUGUCCUUCUAGCCUUAUCUCUGCAUUAGGAAGUCCGUUAACAACCAAUUCAUGUCCAUCUUGGUCCUUAUCAUCGCUCAUCAUCCACUCCUAUUGGACGACAAUCGACUGCCUCGAUACUUGACAUCUCGAUUAUCUUCCAGAUCACAUUUGCUUCAUUUGAUGCUUGAAGGGGCUGCGAAUUUGUUCUGCGCAAUAUUGGGAUUGUACAUUUCGUGUACAUCGACGCAGGUACUCGGCGGAGCCCGAUCUGCGAACGAGGACGCCAUGGACAUACCAAUUAUUGAUUUUGAGAAGAGCUCGUCCUCUCCCAAAAACGUGGCAGAGGAUCUCUUGAAGGCGUGCGCCGAUUGGGGCUUCUUUUAUGUCAAGAAUCAUCCGAUACCACAAGAGGCUGUUGAUGGCAUGUUUGACCUGGAGAAGUCAUUCUUCGCCCAAGAUAACUCAACAAAGCUAGAAGCGCCCUACAUCCCGUCCAAAAACGCCGGCUUCAAGCCCGCCAGUUCCAAUGGAGCAUACGGCAAAAAGACCGACCCGCGCGAGGCUUUCAGCAUCAACAAAUGGCCCACUGAAUCUCACGCCUCGAAAGCCCCCCUUCCACCGAUCCUAGACCAAGCACGUCCCCAGAUCCGAUCCUUUCAAAAACACGUCCAAUCCUUCACAAGCCGACUCCUCGAACUCAUCGCCCUCGCCCUUGACCUGCCCAGCACCCAGUUCACCUCCCAACAUGAUGCGUCCGCCGAAAACUUCGACAACUUCGAGCUAAUGCACUACCCGCCCGUCGCCCUCACAGAGAAGGAAGCAUCACAGGCCAUCAAAUUCCGCAUCUCACCACACACCGACUGGGGCACACUAACCCUCCUCUUCCAACAGUCAAUAGGCGGCCUAGAAGUUCGGCCUCCAUCCUACACUUCACCCUCCCUCGACUUGGAGCACGAAACUUGGACGCCUGCACCCGUCUACGAUGACAUGGUCCUGAUCAACAUCGGGGAUAUGCUCGAGUUCUGGACGGCCGGACGCCUGAAGUCGACGUGGCAUCGUGUUGUACCGACAGCACUGCAUGGCGGCGUGGACCGGUAUACGUUCGCGUACUUUCGUCAUCCGAAUAAAGAUGCGGUGCUGGUCCCGAUCGAGGCGAUGAAACGGGACGGGUGGGUGCCAAGGUAUGCUGGUAUUGGGAGGACGGCGGAGCAGCAUAUUCAUGCUAGGAUACACGGGCAAUAUGGACUUGUCAAGGACGACGAGAAGAAGCCUGAAGGUGUAGUCAGUGUCGCUGUGGGGGAGGUAGCGGCACAGGCAUAGAAUUGGUUAAACUCAUUUUGUGAUGAUGAAAAG